AUGAUUGAUGAGAAGCAAUUGAAUCAACCCAAAAGGAGCGUCUUAAGACGUCUCCAUAUGCUGUUUCUGCCAUUACUAGCUAUCUCCUUUUUCCUGAUAUAUUUAAGUGAUAUCACACAGCCUCUCUUCCGUGCCCGAAAGGAAGACGAAAACCCGUUGGAAAUUUACUUGAAGGCAUUGGAAACGAAUGAAGCUCACAAAUGGUCAAAGGUGUACACUUCGCAGCCUCAUUUGGCCGGAACCAACUACGGAUUGGUUGAGUUUACUAAGUCCAAAUUUGAAGAAUAUGGAUUUGAGGCCAGUGUCGAUGACUACGAUGUGUACCUGAGUUACCCUAUUGAUCAUAGUUUGGAAUUGUAUGAGCAUUCUGAGGAUAAAAAUGACAAGCUCUUGUAUAAGGCUUCGCUGCAAGAGGACGUUCUCUCUGAAGACCCAACUACUUCAGGCGACGACCUGAUCCCUACCUUCCUUGGUUACGGUGCUAACGGCAAUGUAUCUGCAGAAUACAUCUACGCUAACUAUGGAACCAAAGAGGACUUUGAGGAUUUGGUGGCCCGUGGUGUUCCAAUCAAGGGGAAGAUCGCAGUCAUUAGAUAUGGUCAAAUAUUUAGAGGCUUAAAGGUGAAAUUUGCCCAAGAAUAUGGCGCAAUCGGUGCUGUCAUAUACAGUGACCCAGGCGACGAUUAUGGUAUCACCCCUGAAAAUGGUUACAAGCCUUACCCUCAUGGUAAAGCCAGAAACCCAAGCUCUGUGCAAAGAGGUUCUGCCCAAUUUUUGUCUGUUUAUCCCGGUGACCCAACCACGCCAGGAGUUGGAUCGAAGAAGGGAGUAGAAAGAGUUGAUCCUCAUGCUACAACCCCUUCCAUUCCAGUCUUGCCUUUGAGUUUCAAAGAUGCCUUGCCAAUUUUGAAGAAACUUAAUAAGGAAGGAUUGUCUGUUCCUGACUCCUGGAAGGGAGGUCUCGAGGGAGUUGAUUACAGUACCGGCCCAGCUAAAAACAUUCAUUUGAACCUUUAUAGCGAACAAAACUUUACUAUUACACCUAUUUACAAUGUCUAUGGAGAGAUCAAAGGUGAGAAUGCUGACGAAGUUAUCAUUAUUGGUAACCAUCGUGACGCUUGGAUUAAGGGAGGUGCUUCUGACCCUAACAGUGGAUCUGCUGCUUUGAUUGAACUUAGUAGAGGUUUGCACGCCCUAACCAAAACAGGAUGGAAGCCACACCGUACUAUUGUACUAGCUUCCUGGGAUGCUGAGGAAUAUGGCUUGAUUGGAUCUACUGAGUUUGGAGAACAGUUUGAGAAGUUCCUUCAGAAGAAGGUCGUUGCCUAUUUGAACGUUGACGUUGCUGUAGCUGGAACUCAUCUUCAUUUGGGUGCCUCGCCAUCUUUGUUCAAACUAUUGAAGGAUAAUGCCAAAGAAAUCACUUUCAAGAAUUCAACCGAGACUUUGUAUGACAACUAUGUUAAAGAUCAUGGCAACGACAUUAUUUCGACCUUAGGAAGUGGAAGUGACUACACUGUCUUUUUGGAUCAUUUGGGAAUUCCUUCGCUUGAUAUUGGUUUCAUUGCUGGAAAAGGUGACCCAGUAUAUCACUAUCAUUCAAACUAUGAUUCGUACCACUGGAUCAGUACUAGUGGUGAUCCUGGAUUUGAGUAUCAUAAUGUACUGGCCAAAUAUUUGGGUUCGUUGGUUUUGAAUCUCUCUGAGAGAGAGGUGUUGUACCUGAAGCUUCAUGAUUAUGCUACCGAAUUGCUCAAGUACCUCUUGGAAGCCUACGCCCAAAUGCCAGAGGAAUGGGACGAUGAAGUAAUUGGUUUCAGAUCUUCCUCGUGUCAUCGUGCGAAAGCAUCUCAUCAUGGUAAGGAUCCUCAUCAUGAGGGAAGACGCCAUCACGGAAAAGGAUUCCAUUCUAAAGGAGGGCCUCAUCAUGGGGAACGCCAUCACGGAAAAGGAUUCCACGCUGAAGGGGGACCCCACCAUGAGAAAGGACCGCAUCACGAAAAAGGGCUCCACGUCGAAGGAGAGCCCCAUCAUCAGAAAGGACCUCACUUUGAAAAAGGAUUCCAUCAUGACAUGGAGAUGUACCAUAAGAAAUUGGCUCAUCACGGUAAAGAACCCAAGACGAAGCUAAAGCACUUGAAGAAACAAGUUGAGAGUUUAAUCAUCGAUUUCGCCAAUACCACUCAAACAUAUGACGCUUACACUGACUUCCUUCAGAAGCAACAUGAGAUUAGGGAUUCUCUUUCAUUCUGGGAGAAAAUCAAGCUACAUUUUAAGAUCAAGGCAGCUAACUUCAAACUUAAAUAUUUUGAGCGAGUUUUCCUUCAUGAAAAUGGCUUAAAGAACAGAGAAUGGUUCAAACAUAUUGUAUAUGCUGCAGGAAGGAACACUGGUUACGCCGGACAAAGACUGCCUGGUCUUGUGGAAGCCAUUGAAGACAAGAAUCUGCAUGAUGCAGUAAAAUGGCUUCACAUCCUUUCCAAGAAGAUUGAUAGUCUACAGAAGUCAUUAGAGUAG